CUAUUUUACUUUCUCCGUGUUCUCUCCUCUCUCUCUCUCUCUCUCUCUCUCUGUUUCGAUCUCGAGUUCCUCCUCGACGUUGACAAUGGCGGAGGAGCUCCCCUCCGUGGAGAAGGUCUCCAUCUCCGGCGCCACCCUCGCCUCCCUCCUCCAACGCUUCGCCUCCUCCCAUGGCGACGUCGAUGGGCUCCUCUUCGGACACCUCUCCCCUCUCCCCCCUCCCCCUACCCACGACGACGACGACCCCCCCAUCCCCUCCCCCUCCUCCUCCUCCUCCGCCGCAGCCGCCGCCGCCUCCAUCACCGGCCUCUUCGUCUCCGGCUCCCCCAUGUCCUUCUACGAUCCCCUCGGCCGCGUCGACCUCCCCACGCUCUGCCUCUCCGCUGCCAGCGCCGGCGCCUCCGCCGCCUCCGUCGUCGGAUGGUUCUCCGCGCGCCGCCGAUCCCCGCUCCGCCCCUCCAUGCGCGAGCUCGCUGUGUCCCUCUCCCUCUCUCAGGCCCCGGCCCUAGCCCUCCCCGCCGACGGAUCCCCGCCCCGCGAUCCGCGCCCCUGCGUCUUCCUCCUCCUCUCCUCCUCCGCCACCGCGAACCUCGCCGUCCACACGCACGAGUACCGCGCCUUCGUCCUCCGCCCCGAUCCCUCCGGGGGCUCGCUCGUGCCGAGGUCCCUGGACGUGAUCAACGUAGGCCCGGCGUUCCGGGCGCAGUACGGGUCGUUCUCGCCGGAGUCGCCGCUGCCGUGGAUGCCGCAUCGGCCGAGAGGCGCCGAGGAGAAGGAAGGGGACGGGAGGGGUAAGAGAGGAGAGAGCCUCAGCCGCCAGCGGAGCGCGGCGAGGGAGCAGCGGAUGUUGGACGCCGUGACGGAGGGGUUUGGUGUCGAAAGGUUGGAGAAAUUGGUAGGGCCUGCAGCAGUAGAGUACACCUCGCAGUUGGAGGAUUUGUAUGGGAAGAUGCUGCUUAAGCUCGAGAGCUUGGCCCGGCAAGUUGAGAAGAGCUCGGCUAGGGUUCUUGAGCAGGAAAAUCGGAAUUUACUUAUGCGGAGCAAAUUAGCAGGGUUGGAAUGAGGCUUGAUGGUUUGAAGCAAUUUAGCUGUAUGAGUACUGAUGUUUGAACGAAGAUUGAAGACUGAGUUAUUGGAAAGUGCUAAAAGACAGUUUAUUUCAAAUGAUGGCGGAAAGUGAAGCUGUCCCUUUGGAAUCCUAUGCCGUUGCCCCCAACUUACCGGAGUUAAAUCGAGUUGUCGUAUGCCUAGCCUAGCGAGGCCUCUUUUCUAAGAUAAUGCAAAACGUAUGGAGACUAUGAGGAUGACCGGAUUAGGUGCUUCAUUUUGAUAGGAUGGGUACAAACAGAGGCGGAUGAUUCUUAGGGUGUAUGUUAUAGUGCUGUGACGGAACUCCUUUGGUUUCCUUUUGUAUCGUCUGUGGAUUCCAAUAAUCAAAAGAACUUCUGAAGCUGCAUGCUUGUUUCUCUCCAGUAGUUUGCUGAUUCUGUACUUGAAGUAA